AUGACUUCGGCAGUGGACAUCGCGUCCUCAUUCAUUCAAGGUGCACCGCCGGGGGAGUUGCAGGAAGUGGUCAAAGACAUCAAGACGCUCACGUCCGACGAUGAUCCAGCGUUGAUUGCGAAACUGAAUCCCGCUUUCGAACGAUACAAUGAGGAGCAGAUGGUUACAGUGAAACUGCCAGGCUCGAGUGAUUAUGUAUUAAUAUCGAAACACAACAAACUUUCUUCCGCUUCAAGUCGAUACUACGACACUCAGACAUCCACCUCCUUCGAAUUCGACCACACCUCGAGCAAAGCCAGUGCCGCGCAAUCAUACACGCACGAAACCCAACAUAGCACAUUGAUCCAAUCGAUACUGAAAUCCCUGGCGGCCCACUUCGCUGAUCACUACCCUCCCACUACGGCGUCAGCAUAUACAGUCUGCGCGACCCCCGACGACGACAACCAGGUCGCUGUGCUGCUGUCGACCACGAAAGCGUCGCCCAAGAACUUCCUCAGCGGGCGUUGGCGGAGCGUCUUCUUGUACGACCCGUCAACGGGGACAUUGGGCGGUGAAAUCAAAAUUGAUGUGCAUUACUACGAGGACGGAAACGUUGCGCUAACGACGAGCAAGAAGAUAGACUCGGUCUCUGUGGGUAGCGGGGCUGACGGCGCGGCCAUUGUGCGCAAGAUUGCCGCCAUUGAGAAUCAAUACCAGGAGGAAGUCAAUCGGGCGUUUGUGGGUAUGAACGAGACGAGCUUCAAGCAGCUGCGGAGACAAUUACCGGUUACUAGACAAAAGGUUGAGUGGGAGAAAGUCAAGGGAUAUUCUUUGGGAAGUGAUCUGAAGGGAGAAGCGAAGAGAUAG